ACAGGACUUGCUGACGACCUUGACAGUUUUACAUAAUUAUUAGGAGGUUUAUAUGUCGUCAAUUUAUAUUUCUUGGAAACCUUGACUACCAUAUAUGUGUCUUAGUAUCCCACUUGUCACACCACGGCACCUUGAUCGCUUUGGUUGCUACUACUACAUAGUUCAUUUAAACAAAUCGAUCCUGCAAAGUGAUUUGUAGUUAUUGUAUCUGUGUUUUACUAACUAUUCGCUAACCGCUCAAGACUCCCACUGUUUUGAAGUUCUAUAAACAAGACGAACUGAUUAGUGUGGGUUGUCGCAUUAUGGUUAUGCUCUUUUCUGUUGCAUCGAACUAAGCACUCACCUCUUCUCCGCUGCUGGGUUACGCGUGUAUUGUAUUGCCGAUGUCCGGAAAUCGUACCACCACCUUUGUCUACCGUUUGGAAAUGUUCCGAAAUAUUGACUUCCUCCCCCCUGGAAUCAUAGGAUGGUUGUCUGGAUGUAAUAUUAUAAAUAAAACUUUAUGUAUAUAGAGUGUACAAUCGUGUGGAUUUAUCGCAGUGAUGAUUUAGCAGUUAAAGCGAUCGGCUCAACCAUUUAAUUUCACAUUCAAACCACGCUAUAUCUACUUCGGUUUGGGCAACCAAAUAGUAUCAGUAACCUUAGUACCAAAAAAUGCAACCUGGUCGAUCCUGUGAGCCUCUAGUUUACAAGUUAGUUACCACUGGAAGUUCCAGUCGCAAAUCAGUUUUAUAUCGGAUAUGGCUCUGUGACACGUUCCAGAAAUUUCUUUUUACCAGUUUGCUGAUCCUACACUACAACUAAUUAUGUAAAUAAUUAUGAAUAAUAUUAGUUAAUCGAAAUAUUUAUGAAUAUGAGUUAAUGUGAAAGAGAUAACCGUUUGUAGGUGUCCUUAUUCUUCUUGAAUGUCAUAUUGUGUACACCCAAUCUUUUCUACGACCAUUGAUACUGUUAUUUCAUCUACUAUUCUACCAUUUUUGUCGAUGGUUUCAUCUUGCUGUGUUAGUAGGGUACAGCAACGUGAACCCAUGCUCAUAUGUGCUAGGUUCUACUGGGCUUAGGACUGACUUAUUGUAUAUAAGUGGUAGUAUAUGUACAAGACGAAAAGAAUAUUUUGCUUCUUAAUCAAGUCAAACAGUUUUUUAAUCCACAAAUCUAGAAACUGUCAAAUUAGGUUCAAUAAAUACAAUUAUAAUAAUCGUCGGGUAAAAAAUAAGGUAUGUCCUGAUAUUUAUGCUUUCUUUCUGGAUCUUCACUCCUUUGUUUUUUUUUCAUCUUAUUGUAGGUCUCAUUUACUUAUGCUUAAGUGGAUUGUUUGUCAUGUCAGAUCUGUCCUGUAACGCAGAUGUAACAGAUUCUUUUAACAUUACACAAAAUACACCUAUUCCUAAUUCAAAUUGCACUUUGUUGAAUGAUGUAAUUGUUGAAAAUCAUAAUGACUGUGAUCCAUGUACUCAAGGUCCGUCAGUUAAAAAACCUAGGUUAUUUGAGCAACAAGAUACUGUUUGUAAAUUGAAUAAUGGUUUCAAGGAUGGUUACAAUAUUUGCAACUUAAAAAGCUUACCAGAAAUUCAAGAAGAACUUAAAAAAGUUCGACUCUGUUUCGAUUCAAAAUUAAAACUUGCUCUAAAAGAGAAAUUGUCCAAAUAUAUAUCUUUUAUUGAGACAACAGAAAAAACAGUAACUAGUUUAAAGGAAGAAAUAACUCAAUUAACAGGUCGAAUGGAUUUCAUUGAGUCUUCGUCAAAAGACUUGACGAAAUUGAUUAAUGAGCGAAUUCCUUUGCCUGCUCCAACAAGUGGUAUUGGUCAGUCGAGAACUCUUUCUUCUCAAGCUCCUCGUUUACCUGUACUAUCUCAUUCUCCUUCGGUAUCCGCGCCAGAUCGAUCUAUACAAACAGUGAAUCCUUCGAAUCGACAGCCGAAUCUAACUUCAUCGAAUUCUGUUUCAUCUAGAUUAUUAUCUGUUCUACCAAAAACUUUCGAACUUCAGUGUGUUCCUCCUCAAACUGCAUCAGGUACAGUUUUAGCUAUCCAGGUCAAUGAUACUAUUGACCUGACAUCAGACACUAAUAUAGAGAAUGCUUGGGAAGAACAUUUGGUUUCUGGCUCAACAAAUACGAAAAAAAUAAAUAAACACAGUGCCACACCUCUUUCAAAUUUACAGAACGGGAUUAUUUCCACAAUUAAUGUUCCAACUUCAUUCACAUUUGACACUGGUAAUAGUCUGGAUAAUGGGAAUUCAAAGCAAUCAUAUUUGGACUUGGCAUCUUUAUCUCAAGCUCAGAAUAUAACUACUAAUCAAAUAACCAAUUCUCUACCAUACUCUGUUAUUCCCGAUAUUCAGCUACUUCCUGUUGCUUUGCUACCUCCAGUUCCAACACAACCAGUAACUAAUAUCAACCAUCUUCCAUUGCAACCUGUUCCUCAGCUAACUAUUGCAGAAGCCGCUGAAGGAGUUUGUUUACAAUGGUCUAUUACAUAUCCAAUUGGAUCAUUUGAACCAGCUAUUUCUUAUGAAAUUUAUAGUUAUGCUUCAUCUGAAGUCAAUUUAGUCACUGUUCAAACAUCAUUACCAUGGAAAAAGGUUGGUGAAGUAGCCGCUUUACCUUUGCCUAUGGCGUGUACAUUAACUCAUGUUCAAGCGAAUAAUAUGUAUUAUUUUAUUGUUAGGUCAGUUGAUCGAUUACGUCGAUAUAGUUCAUGGUCAAAUGUUGUAAAUGCUUAUGUCAGUUGAAAAGCAUCAAGAAAUUGUCAAUAAACCUGGGGAUUUGAUUAAUAUCCCCUCUUCUUGAAAUAUUCCUUUAUAAAUGAAGAUAUGUGUACUUUUUCUAUUGCAUUUACCCAGUAAAAAUACGUCUGUACAGUUCUCAUCUAUGUCAGGAUGUGUGUAUGUAUGUAUUUAUGUAUGUAAAUUUUCUUUUCUUUGUAUUCAGGGACUUUAGCCCUAAAUUGAUUUUCCCUCAGUUAUAUACUUUAAUAUUUUGUGAUCUAGGCUAAAUAUGUAUCACAGUAAAAGAGUAUGUUUUUUGUUUUCAGACAUUGGAAAUUAACCUCGAAAAUAUUAUUUCGCGGUUCAAUGUUCCGAUGUACAACUGAGUUUGAUGUUUCUUUGUUGCAAGUUUCAAUGGUGGAUUCUUAGCGUUAUUAUGCACACACUUAAAACCUUAUCUGAGUUUACUUUGAAUCCUUGGGGGAUAUGGCUUCCUCUACUGUUUUCGUGUUAUUUACAUUCUCCUUAAAACUGAACACUCCGCACUACGAUGUACACAAUAUCAUACAUAUUCGAACAGCCAAUUCACAUUCACUGAAAUUGGAUCGCUAUUUUCCGACUCAUAGAUAAUAUUCUUAAAUGCAGUUAGAGGAUUGAUUCCCAGUGUUGUUGCG